AUGCCGAAGACCGAGAUGAAUGACGAGCGUGUGCAGUGCCUCAAGGAUUUCUACAUGGAGUUUGCUGCCGAUCGGCACUAUGUGCACGUGGAGGAGACAGGCAACUAUAAAUUUGCUUUGGAUUUUAUGGCUGUGUUUGCAGCCGACCCCCCGACACCGCGAGAGGUCCAGGAAGCUCUCCACUUUGCCAGUGUCAUGUCUGACCUGAACCCGCACUUCUCAGAAGCAUGGGAGCAUGAGGCCUGGGCGAAAAAGGAAGCGUUGCUUCACUUGGCACUUCGCUCCUAUGUAAUGGAGCGCUUCCAGCGGAACAAGGGAGUGAGGGCCCUCAGCAGCCAAGCAGAAGUUGGCAUUGGCAAAGGCCGAGUGGUCGUUCGUUCCAGUCGCUGGCACUUUCUACUGGGUGAGCGACAGGAAGCAGAGAUGAAGAAGAGGCAAGAGGUUUGUCUGGAUACAGACGAGACGCAAGUCUUCGUUGAGGAGCCGGAGGAUUUGGAGGAGGAGGCGGCUUCGCUAGCAGAGAGCUCAAGCUCAAGCGAGCAGGAGGGCCACGAAGAAGAGAGCCCAACAGAUGAUGAGCUCGUGCAGCCCGUCGAUCUCCAUGAUGACCAGGUCGAGUGUAUGUUGGAGAGGCCUCCCUCACCUGUAGAGGGCCGUGAGGACGACAAUGCGACAGUCCACUUUGAGGCAGAGGAUGUUCCCCGACCUACUCAGGAGGACAUGGUGCGACUUGCGCUAGACUUUGCGUCCGUGCAGAAAGAAAGCGAAGGCUUCCAAAUCUUGCAGGAUUUGGAGGAGGAGGAUGAGGAGGAGAACAUGGACGAGAGGGAGGCGGGCAUGACUCGCAAAGAUGAGCUCAAAGGUUCCGUGAAGGAGCGAGAACCUUUGGUGAAGGCCAUCCCCGUGCUGGACAAUGAUCAGGAGCUUCUUGCUCAGAAAGCAGAAGCUGCAGAGCAGCAGCAGGCCGUGGACCUGCUGAAGGCCCAAGCCGUCAUGAGAAAGCAAGCCAGAGAAGCAGAAGAUUUUCAGGAGGACCCCGACAAGUUCCUGAGAGAAGAGGAAGAGGAGAAGGAAGCCAAAAAGAAGGAAAAGCGUGGUCGAGGACGAGGACGUGGCCGAGGCGGGCGUGGCAGGGGAACGCCCAAGAAGAAUAAAGCUACUGCAGACAACGAGCCUGCAGCAGUGGCCGAGGAGCCGCAAGCGCCAGAGACAGCAGUGUCAAAUGAUGGUGACGAAGACAUGGCCUUGGCAGACGCUGAGGCAGAAAAGGCCGGCAGCUCUGGCAAGCUGAGGCGCAAGAAGUCUUUGAAGCGAAAGAAGUCGCACAGACGACUGAUUCUGCAACAUGGCUCCCCUAAGAAGGCGAAGCCUGAUCCAGCUGAAAAGAAGGAGUCCGAGAACGCGAAGCCUUGUGCAGAUGAAAAGAAGGAGUCCAAGGACACGAAGCCUGGUGCAGAUGAAAAGAUGGAGCCCAAGGACGUGAAGCCUGGUGCAGAUGAAAAGAUGGAGCCCAAGGGGAAGCCUGACAAGGACCUGGAGAUGAAAGCCAAGGCCUUUGAGGAAGGUUUGACAGAAGACGAAGUGGCUGCAAGGGUCAGCAACCUGGAAAUGGUCAAAGAUCUUGCUACGAAGGAUGAUAUGAUUGAGCUGCCGGACCUCACCGAAGUGAACAAGCUCUGGUCUAAGGUAGCGCGGAUUGGUGUGAGGGUCCUGCAGACAGCCAGCAAAGCUGGCUCCUUCUACGUGGAGCCGGUGGACAAAGAUUUCGGGGCGGCAGUCGCGAAGAAACGAGGCAUCAAUGUGAAGGUCAACGUGAAAGGGGUGACUGUCGGGUGGACCCGACAUGGUGGCAUCCAGCCAGCGUGGCAGCCCAAGUGUUUCAAAAUAGACACAAUGGCUUCUAAUUCUAGACCUGACACUCCCUAG